AUGUACAGAACUGAACAGUCAAUCAGCUGGGAAUUAGUCGUCUCUCGUUUACCAGGGCGGCUCCUAGUGACCACCGCCUUAAAUAUUUGCUGCUCGUUCUCAAGCAAUUGUACUCGCAGCGGCCAACUUCUAGAGCAUGAGGUCAGAGACUGGCUCGACGAGAAUUCAACAGUAGACCUAGCAGAGCAGGAUUAUGGCCAAGUACGCUUACUCAUGACAUCCCCUGCCUCUCAUGACGGUCGAGCCAAGUAUCCUGAGGGAAAUUUUGAAGACGUUUUUGGGGGAGUUAUCAACAAACCCGCAACAGAUGGGUUAGGCCUUGAAGAUGAGACUAUUCAGUAUUUGUCGAAACUCUUAAACCUCCCGUGGCCACUAUCAAUUCUGACCGGAUAUUCGUCUGGGAUUUUUACCAAAUUUGGACAUGAGAACGGGGCCGGGGGCCUGGACGGAGAAGGCAUUUUUUCGAUUCUAGCCAGGGCAGGAAUGGUGAUUCAAACACCACACUCCACGCCAAUCAAGUGCUUGCUAGCACUCUUCCACGACAUCGAAAACAACCUCACAACAUGCUUUUUGCACUCAGCUUUCCCCGCCCACCUUUUCCACUUUCGAGAUUUGGUUCCUAAAUUGCUCGCAAAGUCAAAUCGACCGAUGAAUGUAUUUCCUGUGGUUUUCCUCAAGAUGUACAACGAAUGCAUCGAAGGCUACCAGAAGAUCCAAGAGGGGAACAUCGUGUUCCUCGAGGAAGCGAUUGGUCAGACAGACUAUUAUCAAUACAAGCCUAGUAGCGCCAGAAUGCCCAGAGACAUGAUUAAAACCAUUAACGGCAUUUCAUACGACCUCUCACGGUUUGAACAGUUCAUUGAUUUUGAAUGCAGGCUCCAUGGUUUUCUUAUCGACCUGAGCAACUCGUCGCGAUCAGAGUUUGAGUUAUCAAGAGACCCAAACAACAGCAGGAAGCUUGCAGAAUGGCUCCAGUUCAUUGGUUGUGUGGCUCUAGGCCAUAAACAAGCGGUUAGCUCCUACCGACAGAGGGUUCAAGCCCAGAACAUGGUUCUAUAUAGCAUGGUAUCCCAAGCCGAGAGCCGUCUAAAUUACCAGGUUGCCGCAUCCACAAAACAGGAUAGCUCAGAUAUGAGAGCUGUUGCUCUGCUUACCAUGCUCUUCCUCCCCGGGACUUUUAUCGCGAGCUUCUUUAGUGCCGGUCUGGUUGCGACCAAUCCCGGCAGUACUCCCACGACGAACAAAUAUCUAUGGAUAUACUGGGUGAUAACUGUUCCCCUCACUAUUAUCGUUAUUCUGAUUUGGAAGUGCUGGUCGAGAAAGCAGGCUGGAGGGACAAAUAACUUGCUUUGGAGUAUUGAGUCUAGUGAUCCUCGUUACUCGCCGAAGAUCACGGACAGCCAGUUGAAAAUAAUACUGCCUACACCCGUUACAGGACACUUGAAGCGUUCGGGAAUUACAAUUAGUCGGCUCCAGUCUUUGCAGCCUCGAGGGCCUUUGUACGGGCGUGGGCAAGCCCGCAAUUGCUACUGCACCAGGGCAUCUAGAUUUCUUCCGGCUUCUGUUCGCAUCAUUCUUGCCAGAGCUGCUUUUGAUAGUAUCAUGCGGCAAUUAACUGAAAUAUUUUUACGCACAGUGAUUGCAAUUGUCCCACUCGCGUCCUGGGUCGCGGGCGAACCUGUCCAGUACUGCCGGUUCGGCCAUGAAGAUAAACCCGAUGCUACCGUCGAUUUUUGCUUGGGCAUUACCACGUACUACAAUGCCUCUUCAGAAAGCCACGAUAUGUAUAGGUGUAUGCGGGUUACGAGAAGCUCAGUGCUCGGGUGGACCGCAGUCGGCACCGGCUCAGUGAUGGCGGGCUCCUUGAUGUUCAUAAUCUACGGCGAUCCUUUUUCUUCAGAGCAUGCAGCACCGACCGUGAGCCUUCGGACAAUCGAUGGUCACCACCAGCCCAAGCUCGUCUCUCAAGCCGAUAUGGAGGGGGCAGAUCUUCGCCUCUUGCAACCCGAUUGGGUUUCCGUCAACUCCACCGAGACUGACGACGAAAGACUUGACUCCAAACGAGACUCGGUUUCUGUCGCGAAGGUAGCCAUUAUGUGUUAUUCGUGCGGGAAAUGGCAUGGUGCCCCAAUAUCUGCAGAUGCUGCAGCCCAACCCUGGAUCUGGGCGUGGAACAAUUUCCAAGAAUUUGACAGUUACUGUUGCAAUUCUGCGAAGUUCAAUUGGGUUAUGAAUUACACCGAAGAUGUACACCUGAAAAUGCACGAGCAUCAUGCAGAGGAUGGUGGCUGGGGACGAUUCUACGUCGAUAUGGCACGCUCUACCAGCAAAGACAACUCCGCGCCUUCAAUUCCCCCGAUUCGGCCCGGUAUCACAGCACUCGGUGUCUCGGAUAUACCUGGCGGAUGGUCAUGGUUGAACCCGACGGUACACAUCCACGGCUUCCUCAUGAGUGCUGCUUUCCUGAUUCUCUACCCAGCCGGUUUAGUUGCAAUGUGGUCAGGGUCAUCCAUGUCUUUCAAGUACCAUUGGAUAAUACAGCUUCUUGCUUCAUUAUUUGUCUUGAUUGGUGGGGCUAUAGGGCUCAUUCGGGCACAUAAGAUCGAUUCCUUUCAUCAUUUCAUUGGCCUUACGGGGGUUGUUUGCACGACGUCAAUGGGCUUCUCACGUUGGCUUGGGCGCAUAUUUCUUCUGCUCGGCUGGACGAACGUCAUUACCGGACUGCUUCUUACCGGUCACGGCUGGUCCCUCGUCCCCUUGGCUGCAAGCUUCAUCUCCGUAAUAGCACUUGCCUUGGUCGCCUGGGUCUGGUAUGCCACGCAUCAGUGUAAGCAGCGUGAGAUUCGCCCCGACUGGGAAGGAGAGGAUAGCCCUUUCUCCUUGCAGCCUACAAGGGACGAUUACUUUGCCGUGGCUGCGGAUGAUGACGAUGAGCAUGAUUUACGGUUUAGCAGCGACCACUCGACUCCCGUCAAGAUAAGGAAGGAAGACGCAGAUCUAAGAUAA